AUGCGCCUUUCCUCUGUUUGCUGGCGCUUAGAGGCGUUAAAAGAUUUUACAGAUUGGAGCCUCUGGGGACCACUGGUGCAGCGCAUCUCAACUGGCGUUUGCACGGACUGCACGGCACUCCAUACAUCUGUUCUUCCAACUAGGCAUCUGCAGCGCAGUCUGUUUCGUCUUCCAGUGCCAAAGCUGGAGAAAACAUGCGCCAGGUACCUUGAAGCUGUAAAGCCCCUUGUGCCACCCAAACAGUAUGACUUCACAGCCAAGGUGGUGCAGGAGUUUGAAGCCAAUGAAGGUAUAGUUCUGCAGGAUGAGUUGGUGCGAACUAACAAGGCAAACAGGCACACUUCAUACGUAUCAGCUGAUUGGUGCGACCGCUACCUUAUGGACCGAACGCCUCUUCCAAUCAAUCGUAACCCAUGCCUCGUUACACGACGGGAUGCAGAUAAGCAGGAUAUGCUUACGCGAGCAACGUUUUGGAUAUCCAGCAGUGUUAUUUUCCAGCAGAAAUAUCUUGAUAACACUUUGCAACCAGAUAUAUAUUACUCUGCACCACCAAACCAUUACUGUCGAAGCGACUGGUUUCAGCGCACAGUGGCGUUAUCUCCUGAAUAUGUCUCUGCCAAAGUUAUGAGUGUUGGCUCUAACUUCCAUGCAUUUCCGCUUGACAUGUCACGGUACGACUACCUAAUGUGCUCUACGCGCGUGCCAGGAGUCCUCCGGGAUGAGAUUAAGGCAGUUGGGUUCGCACAGCAUAUUAUUGUGCUGUACCGUGGUCAGCAGUACGUGGUAACAGUCGCGGACAAGGAUUGUCGACCGCUUCCAGACGAACAAAUAUAUGCACGGCUCAAGGCGAUCGCCGAAUUGAACGCCGCGCCGCCGGAUAUUGAUGUUGGCAUUUUUACAUCGAUGGAUCGGACGUCGUGGCAUGCGGUGCGUUUGUCAAUGGCACGCCACCAAGUCAAUCAACAGAACCUUGAGUUGCUUGACUCUGCCCUGUUCGUGGUGUGCCUCGAUGACGAUGUGGUGGUGGAUUACCUCAAACCCGGAGGGGCCACGGGAGCCACACGUUCUAUGUUGGCGAAGGAAACGAAUCGUUGGUUUGAUAAGAGCAUUAGCAUAAUUGUUACGAAGGACGGUACGUUAGGAGUUAGCUUUGAACAUAGUUGGGGUGACGGCUUAGUCGUAAAGCGGUACGUUGAGGAUGUGUUUAAUCACUCCAUCAUGCGCCCUAGCAAGGAUAUGCCAAGGGACGUUUCGCCAACGGAGCCAGUGCGCCAACUUAAAUGGUGUCUCCCGCCCGAGUUGCAGCAUCAGGCUUUAAAGGCGAAGACGCGAAUGAGUGGGGAUAUGCGACGGCUUGAUUUUUGCACUUCGCUGCUACCCGGGACAGGCUUUAACGACCCAUUGCUGCGCAAUUUGCGCAUUGGUUUGGAUGGACUAAUGCAAGUGGCGAUGCAACUUGCAUGGUGGAGGCUUAACAAAAGCACGGUCAGUACAUAUGAAAGUUGCAGUACAGCAGCCUAUCUGCGCGGCCGAACGGAUUGCAUUCGGCCGGCUACAAUUGAGAGUCAGGCGUUUACGAUGUUGAUGGACUCACCGGGAGUUCCAAUUAGUGAAAAGAGAGGUGCGUUUUUGUGUGCAGUGAAAAAGCACAGGACUAACGUUAAGAAUACCCGCACAGGUCAAGGUGUGGAUUGCCACUUAUUCGCCUUAAGUAAGGUAGCAGAGCGCCGUAACCCACAGCGUGUUCCACUACUUUUCAGUGACCCUUCAUACGCGACACUCACGAGUAACAUUCUGAGCACUUCGUCACUUUUUUCAAAUGCUGUCGUUGGUGGAGGCUUUGGGCCUGUUAGUGCUGGGUACGGUGUGGGCUAUGCAGCGGGACCGGAGUGUUUACUGUUUAACGUGUCGUGCUGGAAGGAGUGUGGGCCCAUACACUCCGCCGAGGAAUUCUCGCGAGCAAUAUGUACUGCUGUUGUUGAUUGCUACGAUAUGCUCGAGGAUUAG